AGCCCUUUUUUUUUUUUUUUUUUUUUUUUUUUUUUUUUUUUUUUUUUUUUUUUUUUUUUUUUUUUUUUUUUUUUUUAAAGCUGCUCAACAGCAGCCCAUAAAAUAUUAAACAUAAGUGUAUAAUUUUUAUACCAUUUAAUAAAAUUUGUAAAAAAUAAAAUGCUUAUUACUUUACCUGAAAAAGACACAGAAAUCGUAGUGUACAUUACUGUAAAUAGAUUCAGCACUUUUACAAAUUAACUUAGACGAUACAAAUGUUUUUAUAAUUAGUGUAACCUAUACGGAAAACUGAAGGAGUAACUGCACCUAACAUUACAGGUUGUAUUUUUGUCUAUUAUUGUACCAUUGCUUGUAAUAAGGAGUGCUCAUUUACGCUAUAAGCAUCACUAAUCACAUGAACCACCUACUAAAUCUAUGAACUUCAUAUUUUUAUCAUCUGUGUUUUUCAAUACCAAAUUUCUAUUUCACCAAAUUUUCCACUGAUUUAUUUAUGUUAUGAACAUCAUCGACUUCUUUUUCAUUAUUCAUGGCUUUUUCAUCUUGUGUUUUGCUUUUUUGAUCCAAUUCUACAAUUUCGUGUUUUUUAAUUAAUUCACUUUAUAGGUUAUGAAUCCACUGGAUGCUAUUUGUGAUGUGAAGCGGAACGACGCAGUAUGUGUCAGCAAUCUCAAGUCGGCAAGGCCCGUUGACAAAGCAUUAUUACAGGAUCGACCGGACGUUAAAAUAUUUCUGCCAUUUCGAUUUCAUUUUUACAAGCCAAAGGAUCUUUUCAAGGAAAAUACUUACAGAAAUUUCUUAGUCGCCCCGGGUGGUGAUCACGUGCUUAGUUUGGUAGACGAAAUAUCAUACAGUGCUCCACCAGCACCUCCUUUGUCCCAAAUGCACGAGCUCUCCCCGGACCUAUUCUGUAAUGGAGACAACAGACCUCCCAAUUGCGCAGUCGACUGCCGUUGCACUCAUAUGAUUGAUGUUCCAUUAAACUCUAUAGUUGAGAUUGUACUCGUUGAUGAAGUGCAAUCGCCAAACCUCUCACAUCCGUUCCAUCUCCACGGCACGUCGUACAACGUCAUCGGCAUGGGACGGUCCCCAGACAAGAAUAUCAAGAAAAUAAACUUGAAACAUGCUUUAGAUUUAGACAGAAAAGGACUCCUCCACAGACAAUACAACUUGCCGCCGCAUAAAGAUACUCUUGCUGUACCUAAUAAUGGAUACGUUGUUCUGAGGCUCAAAGCUGAUAAUCCAGGUUAUUGGCUCUUCCAUUGCCAUUUCAUAUACCACAUAGUGAUUGGCAUGAGCCUGAUAUUACACAUAGGAACACAAGGAGACUUACCACCUGUUCCACCGAACUUUCCCCGUUGUGGGCAUCAUCUACCGACCAUCUCGCCACCGUUUUAUCCGAUACAUUGAAAGUAUCGGCAAUAAACACGACGUCUUUCCGACGGCCUCCAAAUCAUUCAAUAGAUUUUCACGAAACUAAAUUUAAAUUAUUAAAGUUGCUGGUUGUUUAUUUUUGUAUUAUGUGUAUUAUAGUUUGUGUUCAUGUAUGGUUUAAUAAUUAUAAAUUGACAUUGGAGUCCGUCGAAUGAUUUUGUGAAUCAAUCCCGAGUAUAACUCGAUAUGAACACGCCUAAUGCCAUAUUUAUUGAGUUGUUAUGACAACGAAAGAUUAAAAGUUUGCUCAAACAUGACGCCGACUUCUGUGGAGACGCUUUCAUCCUAUGUUAUCACAGCUUUAUACUUAUUUCUUCAUACUUGCGUUCCAUAGGAGCAGCUUUAUGUUUAACCAAACCAUCGUUAUUGACGUGUUAAAAAUGUACAUUGUUAUUUAUGGUGCUUUUCGCAUCACUAUUUUUAAUUAUCAAAAAAAAGCUUGAUUAAUUUCUGGUAUUGACCACAUUGAAAAUUGUACCACAAAAACGCAGGUACCACUGGUUACUACUGAUAACUUUAAAUGUUAUUAUGUACAUCUAUACAUACGAGUAUAUAAUAUACUAUAUCACUUCAUUCAUAGAUAUUUGAAAUGAAUUUAAAUUUAUCAUGAAUUCUGACUACACAUUCGCAGCAUCCUAUAUCUUCGAUACUAUUCAUAAUUGUUUUUUGUUAAUUAAAAAGUAAUGGUGCAUUUAUAUAUAAGCCGUCAAAUAUCAAUAGCGUUAGGAGACCAAAGUAUUCUAAUAUGUUAAUAUCACCAAAUAAUUCAUUGUUUAAGUUUUCAAUAAUUCCUUCAUUGACUUCAAGACCAUGAUAAUAAUUGAUGGCGUAUAAACCGUUUCGUAAUUUUUUAAAGAAGACUUUUUUUUAAUUUUCUUUCAUUUUUAUUGUAAAGUAAAUUUAAUUGGUUUAGAGCAAUAAAUCAAUUUAAUAGAAUAUAAUGAUAAACAUAAUCACCCUAUAAAAUCAGAUGAAGAUGUACUUAGCUUAAACGUACCGAUUCCUAUAAAUCGAUUUUUAGAACAACUAAAUUAUCAUAGCUCUAGAUUAUUUCCAUUUAUUACUAGAGCAUCUAAUGGUUAAUGUUUAAAAAUUUGUUACGACAUUGAUAUGACUGAUUCGUUUCAUAUUCUAUUGUAUUUACAUUUUAUUGUCAUUCGUUGUUGUUCAAGUUUCUUACGUGAUCUUAUGAAACUUGAUACCGUAAUAGCGUUACGGUACGUAAUUAUAAGCCACGUUGCAACUAUAAUUAGAUAUGAGUUAUCGUUACCUUUCUUAUGGUAUUUGCAAUCGUUUGAUCACUCUUUUGUGUCAGGAGAAACGUGCUUUUAGAACUAAAAUUUCCAUGUCUCGCGUAUUUUCGUGUUAAACAAUAAAAACAUAGUUUAAGCCGUUCGUUUUAGGACUUUUUUUCAAUCGUUGUGGGAAUUUAGCUCUAAGCAUAGUAAAUGUGACACAGGGUAAUAUUUUGAAUGUAAUAUAUACGCCUGUGCCGAGAUCGCGAUCUGGAAUGUUCUUGAAUUCAGUUUCAUGUUUUCUACUUUUAUAUUUCGCGUACGUUUUAGGAAAUGUAGUCAUUUUUAUAAUAAAAAUAAAAAAGUUUUUAUGAA